AUGACGAAAGAUCUCUUGAUUGAUUGUUUUGGUGAUGAGGACUUUGAGAUUUAUAGUCCAACUGGUGAUACCCUCACAUUGAAAUUCUUUCACCCUUCUGUACGUUUACAGGUUCCGCUAGAGAGCCCAAAGAAUGGCACCAGAAAUGACAUCAAGGAAGAGAAGAACCCCCGGCCUCUUGACGAAGACGAUAUCGCACUCCACAAAACCUAUGGUUUAGGGCCUUAUUCAACGAGCAUCAAGCAAGUUGAAAAGGAGAUUAAGGAAAUGGCAAAGAAAGUAAAUGAUUUAUGCGGCAUCAAGGAGUCGGACACUGGAUUAGCAGCUCCUAGCCAAUGGGAUCUUCUCUCUGAUAAACAGAUGAUGCAGGAGGAGCAACCGCUCCAGGUGGCUAGAUGCACAAAAAUCAUUAAUCCUAAUACAGAGGAUGCCAAAUAUGUUAUUAACGUCAAACAAAUUGCCAAGUUUGUUGUUGGGCUGGGUGACAAAGUUUCCCCAACCGAUAUAGAAGAAGGCAUGCGUGUGGGUGUUGAUCGAAACAAAUAUCAGAUACAGAUUCCCUUACCUCCAAAGAUUGACCCUAGUGUCACCAUGAUGACUGUGGAGGAGAAGCCAGACGUGACAUAUAAUGAUGUCGGUGGAUGUAAGGAACAGAUUGAGAAGAUGCGGGAAGUUGUGGAGCUGCCCAUGCUUCAUCCUGAGAAAUUUGUCAAGCUCGGGAUUGAUCCUCCUAAGGGUGUUCUUUGCUACGGUCCUCCGGGAACUGGUAAGACUCUUCUUGCAAGAGCUGUUGCAAACAGAACUGAUGCUUGCUUCAUUCGUGUUAUUGGAAGUGAGCUCGUUCAAAAAUACGUCGGUGAAGGAGCUAGAAUGGUUCGAGAACUGUUUCAGAUGGCUCGAUCAAAGAAAGCAUGCAUUGUAUUCUUUGAUGAAGUCGAUGCAAUUGGAGGUGCACGUUUUGAUGAUGGUGUGGGUGGAGACAAUGAGGUUCAGCGUACCAUGCUCGAAAUUGUCAACCAGCUUGAUGGUUUUGAUGCUCGUGGAAACAUCAAAGUCCUGAUGGCAACGAACAGGCCGGACACGCUAGAUCCUGCAUUAUUACGUCCUGGACGAUUAGAUCGUAAGGUUGAGUUUGGUCUCCCCGAUUUGGAGAGUCGGACACAGAUAUUUAAAAUUCACACAAGAACAAUGAACUGCGAGCGUGACAUUAGAUUUGAACUUUUAGCCCGGCUUUGCCCAAAUUCUACUGGAGCUGAUAUAAGAAGUGUGUGCACCGAGGCUGGAAUGUAUGCAAUUCGGGCUCGAAGAAAAACAGUAACAGAGAAAGAUUUCCUUGAUGCGGUUAACAAGGUCAUAAAGGGAUAUCAAAAGUUUAGUGCAACACCAAAAUACAUGGUUUACAAUUAGCCCGAAGAUCGGUGCGACUCUCAACUUCGGAAACACAUGUAUGUGGGUCUAUCAUGUUCAAUUGUAUUGGUUUUCGUAGAUGGAGAUUUCUAAACAUUUGGUAAUUCAUUGUUUUACUUGUUGCAAUUUGUUUGCUUGUCUGGCUUUUGUAAUGAUGACUACUCCCAUUGGAAAGCUGGUACGAAUCAAACAGCACUUUCUUUUU